GAGAAGAAAAGAGAAGAGAGAAGAGAAGAAGAGAAGUGUCAUUGCGGAUAAUUGAUUACCUCCCAAUCAACGAUAACUUGUUAGCAAUAGUCAAUUGCUCCGUCUCUCCGCCUCUUCUCGCAGUCCUGGAUUUGCGCUUUCGCCUCGGCUCCUCCAACCCCUAGCCGCUAGGACCAGGGGCCAGGGGCCGCGGAGACAUCUGACACCUUUAAAUAGCACGGAGGAAGACGAAACUGGAGUCCGGCACGCAGUGUCCCCGCUUCGGCCCGGGACUGCGGGAAGCCCCGGCGGCGCCCGCGCGCCCCCUCCCUACGACCUCUUCCCGGGGCCCUGGGCAGCUCUGUCGGCCGCCGCGGUAACCUUGCGCUCAACCCGUUCUCCCCUCCCCCAGAGCCGGGCUGCUCUUCAAGGACCCCGGUGCCCUCCACCCCCAUCCCCCACCUCCGUGUCUGGAGUUGUCGCCUGGGCUGGAACUUUUCCCCCGCUCGCUGCGGUUCGGGUGGCGGGCGGCGGGUUUGGCAGCGGCUCCCGCGAGCGCCCUUAGCCGGAACCUCACCCGGCUCCGGCCCCCGAGCCCAGCAUGACUUCCAAAGAAGAAGGAAAAGCGUCGUCCGGGGAGGAGCGGCGCCGUAGCCCCCUGGACCACCUGCCACCUCCAGCCAACUCCAAUAAGCCACUCACUCCUUUCAGCAUCGAGGACAUUCUCAAUAAGCCGUCGGUUCGGAGAAGUUACUCGCUGUGCGGAGCGGCGCACCUGCUUUCCGCAGCCGACAAGCACUCCCCCGGCAGCCUGCCUCUGGCUGGCCGGGCCCUACUCUCGCAGACUUCACCUCUCUGUGCGUUGGAGGAACUAGCCAGCAAGACCUUUAAGGGCCUGGAGGUCAGCGUCCUGCAGGCAGCCGAAGGCCGGGACGGGAUGACCAUCUUCGGGCAGCGGCAGACACCUAAGAAGCGGCGGAAGUCGCGCACUGCGUUCACCAACCACCAGAUCUACGAACUGGAGAAGCGUUUCCUUUACCAGAAGUAUCUGUCCCCCGCCGACCGAGACCAGAUCGCUCAGCAGCUGGGCCUCACCAAUGCGCAGGUCAUCACCUGGUUCCAGAAUCGCCGCGCCAAGCUCAAGCGGGAUCUGGAGGAGAUGAAGGCCGACGUGGAGUCCGCCAAGAAACUGGGGCCCAGCUCGCAGGUGGACAUCGUGGCUCUGGCCGAGCUAGAGCAGAACUCGGAGGCUGGCGGAGGGCGGCCCAAGUCCCGGCCCAACUCACCUGUCCUGUCGGCCCCUCAGGCCCCUGGAGCGGGCCAUCUUCAGCUUUCUCCCGCCUCUCCUCUCACGGACCAGCCGGCCAGUAGCCAGGACUGCUCGGAGGACGAAGAAGAUGUAGAGAUCGACGUGGACGACUGAGUCCGGGGGGUGGGGGUGGGAGCUGAGUGUCCCUUGUCCUUUCCAAACACAAGAGACCCCCCCACCAACUAUCUCCUUUCCCAAUGACCUCCUCCUUUCUGAGCUCCCCUGACUAUGAUGGGAGCUAAGUUCCCGUUCUGUUCUUCCUUUCCUUCUCCCUUUCCUCCUGCCCAUUCCCUGUCCCUACUGGACUGUCUCCCAUCCCUUCACCCGCCCGGACUGUAGGCCCUAGGGAGCCCGGGCUGGUCCCUACCCCUCCGCAGCCUGGCCCGGCCUGGCUCUUUCCUAUCUAAGCAAUAAACCCCCGAGACAGCCGCCCGGCCUCAGCUGUGGACCGGACCGACUGCCCGGGGCCUGGACACCAGGACCCGCGCCGGCGCUGCCGCUGUCCAGGCCGCAGUUGUCUCCUCUGCUCGGCUCCGCAUACCCGGGCUGCGGGUCAGAGAGUACCCCGGAAUGGUGCAAUUCUGUAUGGCUUCUGUAUAAAUAUUUAAACGUAUAUAUUGGGGAGGGAGGUUUCUUAUCCUUUAUUCCCCAUUUUUUUCUUGGAGGUUUCAAUUUUUUAAAAUGUCUUCAGAAGUCCUGUGUCUGACAAACGAAAAGCAAAACGGAGAAUUUAAACGAGAGCGACAGAGGGAGCAGGAGUGAAGGGACCCCGGGCCGUCGCUCCCUCCCUCCCACCUCUUCCCGGGGUACCCGGGACAUCUCAGCCUGACUUCACUUAGGCGGAAGAUCCAAAUUUGCCUUUUUGAUUUUUCCUUGCAUGUGGUGCCUGUGCCCAGAGCAGGGCCCUUCCCUGCGGGCGAUCGGGGUAUUUCUUUCCUCCUUUGAAAUGUUCCUUUCUUUUUUUCGCGCGGGGAAGGGGUGGGGGGAAAUGGGGUCCGACUUGCAAGUUGAAAAUCGAUCCGUUCUUUUCCUAGCGAGUAGAGGUUUGUUUCCGAUGCAAUUUCUGCCUCACGUUACCGAUUAAAGCUAUUUUUACCAUU